AAAGUUGUCAGUGGUCAUGGAAUGGCCGUCCUGUAAACAUUACCGGCACAUAACGAAGAUGGUUUUAAUUAAUUUUGUGCAUAUUUAGUCUGAAAUGAGACGGUUCGUGUGGUUAAAGUGUUCGGAUUACUUUCAGAACGAUUUAAAUGAUUCGUAAAGGGUGAAAAACGUGCAGUUUGUCAACCGAUUUUCUCAGGUUCGAUAGUAGUCGGCGACAAUGGCGGACACGACAAGGUACAACGAGUUGUGUAGGUUGUGCGGUGAGAAAAUCAAUGAAAUAUUAGCGGUGAACAUUUUCACCAACGACGGCACCUCCCGACAAUUAGAUAAGAAAAUCGGCGAAUGUUUACCCGUUCAUAUACACGAAGCUGACCAACUUCCAAAAAUGAUAUGCGACCAAUGCGCUUAUAAAUUAGAUUUAUUUUUUGAUUUUCGAGAACGAUCGUUACGCACCGAAUCUUUAUUAAUUGACCUUUACAAACAAUUAAAUGCGGUAACGGAAGAAUUAAUGAUGGUUCAACAACACCAUUUAUUAAACGAAAAUAUGCAUGAAGUUAGCGAACUCGAAUUGAAUCAACUCGAACACCGCGACGCUUUAAUUGUUGAACACCAAAUAAUCGAUAUAAACAGUCAUGCUUUAUCCUCAAUCGAAAUCAAUCAUCACGAAUUAAGUCAAACGGUGAACGGUCAUAAUUUACAGGUACAAGAAACAAUGAUCGUUAACAAUUCUAGGUAUAGCGAAGAGUUGAUUCAUCAACAUAAUCAAUUAUACACAUCCCAAGCUGCUUAUGCAUCAUUAAAUGAUAUUACGUUAAGUAACGCAGUUGUACAAGAAAAAGAUACUCAUUUUAGUACCGAUAUACACACAGUACUCGAUGUACAAUCGAAUUUACAAAAACCUGAAAGUAUUUUAACUCAAAAACAAUACGAAAUUGAUUCACCAACAAUGAACGAUUCAAAUGAAUACAUUAAACAUGAAGAUAGUAACAGCGAAUGUAGGUUAUUAAUCGACGAAGGUCAACAUCAUGUAUUUAUUGGGGUUGAUUGCGAAGAAUACAUGGACGACGUCACAAUUGACGAUGAAAAAACGGUGGUUGAUACAAUUGAAAUAUGUAAUAUUUGUAAAAAAAAUUUUACAAAAGACGAUUUUACAGCUCAUUAUGAACAACAUUUUUUAAAAUGCAUUGUUUGCAGCGCUGUUCUUUCUAAUAAAGAAGCUUUAGAAAAUCAUUCAAAAGAAGUACACGGAGAUACAACCGAAACUAUUAAGAAAAAUAUUAAAGAUCGCUUAAAAAGAGAUUCACGAAAAGGUAACGAAUCAGAAACUGAAAUUGAAGAAGACGAAAGUGAUGAAAAAAUUGAAGAAACGGAAAACAAAACUAAACCAAAACCUAAAAGGGGUUAUCCUAAAGUUUGUGAUAUUUGCGGGAAAUCUUAUAAGAGUAAUUAUAAAUUGGCGGAACAUAUGAGAAAACAUACGGGUGAGAAACCUUUUAAAUGCGGAACUUGUGAUAAAGCGUUUAGGUCAAAAAUUGGGUUGGCACAACAUGAAGCUAAACAUACAGGUCAAUAUGAUUAUGCUUGUUCGACGUGUGGUAAAGGGUUUCAAUGCAAAAGUUAUUUAAUGGUACAUCAAAGAGUACAUUCAGAUGUUAAACCUUAUCCAUGUACAACUUGCGGACAAAAUUUUAAAACAAAACAAUCCUUAAUGGAUCAUACUAAUAGACAUUUAGGUGUUAAACCAUAUAUUUGUGAUAUAUGUGGAAGAGGAUUUAUAACAAAAGGUUUGUUAAGAGCACAUCAAAAAACGCAUACAGGUGAAGACAACCGGAAAUAUUCUUGCACCGUUUGUAAUAAAAUGUUUGUUUCAAAAAGUUAUUUACAAACCCAUAUGAAAAUUCAUACCGGCGAAAAACCUUAUCCAUGUAAUGUAUGUGGUAAAGGAUUUUUAACAAGAGUUGAUCUUCGAAUCCAUUCAACCAUGCAUACAGGUGAAAAAUCUUAUAUGUGCGAGAUUUGUGGAAAAGCUUUUGCAAGAAGAGACGCGUUACGGUGUCAUAGAAGAUCUCACACUGGGGAAAGACCAUAUGCAUGUGAUAUUUGUGGGCAAACAUUUACUCAAUUCUCACCAAUGAUGAUUCAUAAACGAUUACACACGGGAGAACGACCUUAUUCUUGCGAAGUAUGCAACAGAAAGUUUAUAACACGAUCCUCAAUGUCCACGCAUUUAAAGAAACACAAUGUUAAACAAGAGAAUGGUUGAUUUGUGUAAGGAAAGUAAUAUUUAAAAAAGACUGAAUGUAUUGAAAAGAAUUGAAAUAAAAAAGAAAAAUGUUUGAAAAUUA